CAUCCGUGGAGAACCGGCAAGUGGCAAGUGUUGAUUCAGGAUUCAGCAGACGAAAGUAGACCGUAGACCUGCGUAGACCGUGGCCGAGUGUACACGUACAAUAUAUCGCGCCGGUCGGUUUACUUUUAUUCGCGAACGAAAACGACGCACUAUAUCACGAGAGGAAGAGAAUGCGCGUGUGAAUACGUAGAUAUUUUUAAAAUAGCGUCGGGAUAGAAUUGUACAUCCGAGACUUCGCUACGCACAACCGAGAUACCGUGGAAUCCACGCGGGAGCUAUAGUUGUCAUUGUUGGCGACGUUUUCAGAGCGAUUUUCCGCGGUUCAUCGAGCGAUAUAUACAUAUAUAUAUAUAUAUAUAGUGGCACAGGAGAAAAAGACGAUGCGCCGCAUCGUUUUCCCCGGCGAACCGGACUAGAAGCGAGAGAGAGAAAGAGAGUGCGCGAAUCGAUAGCGCACGAUUUCGGUGGUGUCGGGUCAGCUGCUCUGGUGUUUUCCAUCCCCGAUCUCGGCGAACUGUGCAUUUUCCCUUCCUGCUUCUUUCCUGGAAAAAUCGCGGACUACACGAUAGGCAGUGCGGUGCGGUGCGCUGCUGAAGAAAGCCACCCAUUUCCGCGAUGAGAGACACCGGUAACCAGGCCAAGUACGAGCAGCUCUUGGACGACGCCGGUCUCGAGAUCCGCAACGACGAGAAAGAGCGCAACGACGAGAAUGCGACACUGAACGAGGGUAAAGACCCCGAGAUGUGGUUGACGACCGCCGAAUCAGCUAGUCUCGGGGCAGAGGAAGUGGCAGCUAGAUUGCACGUUGAUGUGCGAACAGGACUCACAUGGCAAGAAGCCGAUCAUAGAAGACAGUUGAUAGGUUUCAAUGAGUUUACUGUAAAGGAGGAAGAUCCACCAUGGAAGAAAUAUAUUGAACAGUUCAAGAAUCCAUUGAUUUUACUCCUACUUGCCUCAGCAUUUGUCAGUAUAUGUAUGAAGCAAUUUGAUGACGCUGUCAGUAUUACUGUGGCUAUCAUAAUAGUGGUGACAGUUGCAUUUGUACAAGAAUACCGAUCGGAGAAAUCUUUAGAAGAAUUGAAUAAAUUGGUACCACCAAUAUGCCACUGCUUAAGAGAGGAGCGCGUAGAGACGUUUCUCGCACGUAAUUUAAUUCCUGGCGAUAUUGUGUAUUUAAAUAUCGGCGACAGAGUACCUGCCGAUAUCAGAAUAUUUGAAGCUACAGAUUUGGCGAUUGACGAAAGUAGUUUUACCGGGGAGACCGAGCCGGCGCAAAAAUCGACGGCUCCACUGCUUAAGAUCAAUGGAUUGACGUCGAAGAGAAAUAUUGCCUUCAUGGGCACUUUAGUACGCUGCGGAAAUGGCAAGGGAAUUGUAGUGAAUACGGGAGAAAAGAGUGAAUUUGGGGAGGUUUUCUCGAUGAUGCAGGCCGAGGAGGCGCCAAAGACUCCACUACAGCGAAGCAUGGACAUUUUAGGUACACAGCUGUCCUUCUAUUCGUUCUGCAUUAUCGGUAUCAUCAUGCUGUUGGGCUGGAUCCAAGGUAAGGCUAUCCUUGAGAUGUUUACCAUUGGUGUAAGCUUGGCAGUGGCAGCUAUACCGGAAGGCUUGCCCAUCGUCGUGACUGUGACACUGGCAUUGGGAGUGAUGAGAAUGGUCAAGAGAAAAGCUAUUGUGAAGAAAUUACCAACUGUUGAGACUCUCGGUUGCGUAAACGUGAUAUGUUCUGAUAAAACCGGUACAAUCACGAAAAACGAGAUGACUGCUACAAUUCUCGUGACAUCGGAAGGUUAUAUCGCGGAUGUUACCGGAGCAGGAUACAACAACGUGGGUGAGGUACGCGUUCGGAAAUGCGAUAAUACUGAUCUCGCUCGUGCCGCUAUCAGUAACAUGCUGGAAGUGGGUUGCGUGUGCAAUAACGCAAUCAUACAAAGCGAUACCCUACUCGGACAACCAACGGAAGGCGCUCUUAUAGCCGUGGCAAUGAAAUUUGGAAUGUACGGCGUCGCCGAUAAGUAUUUACGACUGCAAGAGUAUCCGUUUUCUUCUGAGCAAAAGAUGAUGGCUGUGAAAUGCACGCCGAGGUUUAGCGAGAAUAGACAAGAAAUAUACUUUGUGAAAGGUGCUUUAGAGAAGGUCUUGCCACAAUGUACAAAGUAUUACGAGAAUGGUCAAGUGUAUCCCCUUAGCCAGAAGAAGGACCAGGAAUUCCUGACAGAAGCAUAUGAUAUCGGUCAACAAGGAUUGAGAGUGAUUGGUUUGGCGCGUGGCUCCUCAUUGCAAGACCUGGUUUACGUCGGUCUGGUUGGUAUUUGCGAUCCACCGAGACCGAACGUGCGCGAGUCUAUCAGUAUCUUGAUAAACAGCGGCGUUCAAGUGAUAAUGGUGACUGGUGAUGCCAAGGAAACUGCAGCUGCAAUAGCUAGCAUAAUUGGAUUGGAUACGCUGCACAGUCGGUUAGUGUCGGGAGAUGAAAUCGACAUGAUGUCAGAACAUCAACUGGAACAGUGCAUCAACAAUGUUAGCGUAUUUUAUCGCGUGACACCCAAACAUAAACUUUGUAUCGUAAAAGCCUUACAAAGGAAUGGCAAUAUAGUAGGUAUGACUGGUGACGGUGUGAAUGACGGGGUAGCAUUGAAGAAAGCCGAUAUAGGCAUCGCCAUGGGCAAGAAUGGCACUGACGUGUGCAAGGAAGCGGCCGAUAUGAUUUUGGUCGACGAUGAUUUCGGAACUAUUAUCGCGGCGAUCGAGGAAGGAAAGGGGAUUUUUCACAAUAUUCGUAAUUUCGUAAGGUUUCAAUUGAGUACUAGCAUAGCCGCACUCUCUCUGAUUGCUCUCGCAACAUUGAUGAGUAUACCGAACCCCUUGAAUGCUAUGCAAAUACUGUGGAUCAAUAUCAUUAUGGAUGGUCCGCCUGCUCAAAGCCUUGGAGUAGAACCGGUUGAUAAGGAUGUUCUGAAGCAAAAACCACGUAACACAAAGGAGCCAAUGAUCACGCGUCACCUCAUAAUCAAUGUUUUAUUGUCGGCUAGUAUCAUCAUUCUUGGCACUCUAUGGGUAUACAACAGAGAGAUGGUUAAUGGAAAUACUGCAAGAGACACUACCAUGACAUUCACUUGCUUCGUAUUCUUUGACAUGUUUAAUGCUCUUAGCUGUAGGUCACAGACAAAAUCUAUAUUUACAAUUGGAUUAUGGAGUAACAAAAUGUUCUUGGUAGCGGUAACGUUGUCUGUCAUCGGACAAAUGUUUGUGAUCUACUUUCCUCCGUUGCAAAGAAUAUUUCAGACUGAGGCUCUCACGGCGAAAGAUCUUUUAUUCCUGGCAGCAUUGACAUCAAGUGUCUUUGUGAUCAGCGAAAUAAAGAAAUUCAUCGAGAGACAGUUGCAGGGACGUCGCGGCAAUGGCCAGUAUUACAACAAGUUUGAAAUGGACUUUGUAUGACAGUUACAGUCUGCCGGCGAGAGCAAGGCGGACAAACAUCAUAACGAAUAAAUCAAUUAUCGCUCGGCGAUAUCUCGAUACAUAUGCAAUCGCAUUCGCGUUUAUAAUCGACACAUUUUACUUCUCACUAACUCACAUCUACUCAACUAUGCUUGCACAUUCGUAAUCUCGUCACGUAUGCAGUUAAUACGCGCAGAAAAGAAUAAUAUUCUUUCGACAAAGAUUCUAUGUAUUGAUUGCGCAGUGACUGCGGGCUUUUUUCACCGUUUACAAAUUAUUCGACUCUAUUUUUUACAGUAAUAUAUCACACAUAGAAAGAUAAAACAUUUCGAUAACAAUGUAGUAGAUUACAUAGACUGUAGCUAUUAGAUUAUAUUUCAUUAUUGUCUCGUCAAGUGAGACUGAAUGAAUCACCUUAUUAUAAAUGAUAGCGAAGGUACUGCACAUUCCAUGCACGUUUGAUAGAUCAAAAUGACUUUUAACAAUAUUAUAUCUAUAAUAUAGUCGUAGAGUGCAGUCCAAAGCAAUGUUUGCACCGAAUCAUUGUAUUUCUCUCUUACACACUUUUCUAAAUAAUGUGCAUAAUUUUUAAGAUCCAUUUGUGGGAAGAAACAUCGAUUCCGCCAUUUAUUCAUUCAUUGUCGAUCAAUUCACGUUUGAAGAGAAGCGAAUCAUGCAGCAUUUUACCGAGUAAGUAAAAAAAAAAAAA